GUCACCAUUCUCAACUUCUAACUCAUAAUUCAUAAGAGAGAGAAAAGUAAGAAAAAGGCAAAGAGGUUCCCAAAUUAGAGCUUUCUAGUUCUUCUAGGACUCUCAUUUCCUCACUCUUCUUCUUCCUCUUUCUCUCUCUCUGUUUUUCUCUCCCAGAAAACAAAAAUAAAACAGAUCCUAAAUUCACGGUUUUUUCAAUUGAAAUUUUUGUAAGAAAAAUCUAAAAAUGUUCAUCGAUAAUUUCAAGGUAGAAAGCCCAAAUGUUACCUACACUGAGAAUGAAAUUCAUUCGGUUUAUAAUUAUGAAACCACUGAAUUGGUUCACGAAAAUCGCAAAGGUUGCGGUUAUCAGUGGAUCGUCAAACCUAAAUCUGUCAAAUAUGAGUUUAAAACUGACACCCACGUCCCUAAACUUGGGGUGAUGUUGGUUGGAUGGGGUGGCAACAACGGUUGUACCCUCACCGGUGGUGUCAUCGCUAACCGCGAGGGAAUUUCGUGGGCAACAAAGGACAAGAUUCAGCAAGCCAAUUAUUUUGGAUCCCUAACUCAGGCAUCCUCAAUUCGUGUUGGUUCUUUCAAUGGAGAAGAAAUUUAUGCUCCUUUCAAGAGCCUCCUUCCUAUGGUGAACCCAGAUGACAUAGUGUUUGGGGGUUGGGACAUAAGUGACAUGAAUUUGGCAGAUGCGAUGACCAGGGCAAAGGUCUUGGACAUUGAUUUGCAAAAGCAAUUGAGGCCCUACAUGGAGCACAUGAUUCCCCUCCCUGGAAUUUAUGAUCGUUUUAUUGCUGCCAACCAAGAUUCUCGUGCUAAUAACAUCAUUAAGGGCACUAAAAAGGAGCAAGUUGAGCAAGUCAUUAAGGACAUCAGGGAGUUCAAGGAGAAGAACAAAGUGGACAAAGUAGUGGUGCUUUGGACAGCAAACACAGAGAGGUACAGCAAUGUGGUGGAAGGGCUGAAUGACACCACAGAGAACCUGUUGGCAUCCGUUGAAAGGAACGAGUCCGAGAUCUCACCAUCGACUUUGUUUGCACUUGCUUGUGUCCUUGAAAACAUACCUUUCAUCAAUGGUAGUCCUCAGAACACCUUUGUCCCUGGACUCAUAGAGCUCGCCACUAAGAAUAACAGUUUAAUCGGAGGAGAUGACUUCAAGAGUGGUCAGACUAAGAUGAAAUCCGUGCUUGUGGAUUUCCUUGUUGGGCUGGUAUUAAGGUAUCCUUUCCUCACUCCUAUUACUAGUAAAGAUAAGUGGAUUGUUGUGAACAAUUACUGAUUUAACAUAUGAAAU